GCAACAAACAAUAAACAACAAUUUACAAAAUGGCAUUCAAAGUAAUUAUCGCUCUUGUUUUCUUCGCUGCUACUGUUACAAAAGCAAUUCAUCUCCAUGCUCCAUUGGGCUACUCUUACGCUACACCAUUGACUUAUGCUGGAUCAGCUAUUGGCUCAACUCAGGAAAAUGUUGUUCGUUCAUUUGGUGGCACUGUCUCUCAAUACUCAAAAGCUGUAGAUACACCAUUUUCGAGCGUUCGCAAGUCUGAUACUCGCAUCAACAACAAUGUUUAUACACCAGCUUUGGCUACCAAAACUAUUUCUUAUGCUGCACCAGCACCUGUCUAUGCUCAUCCAGUCGCUCCAGCUGUAUAUGCUCAUGCUGCACCAGUUUUAGCUAAGGCAGCUAUUGCUUAUUCACCAGCUGCAACUGUUGCUCAUGUGACUUUUGAUGGAUUCGGAGCACAUUAUGUGUACUAA